UCAUUAGUCAUAGGCAGGGUUGGACCACUUUGCACUCACUGCACUCUCUGUCUUUCUUUCCUCGUUUUAUCCUUCUUUAGCAAUUGAAAACUGAGAGUAGCAGCAGGUUCUAGCUCAAAGCGCUUCCAGUUUCAAUUGAAGAAAAAAUGGCUGCAACAGAAAAGGCACUUUUGACAGACGUGCUGGACUGUCUCUCAGGAGUUCAUCAUUAUCUCUUACAAGAUCUUGCAAACGAGAGACUCUCAGUCCAAAACCAACAGAAAAGGCAGCAGCACAUGCAAGCGAUGAAUGGGCUGAUACAAAAGAUACAAUCAUCCCAUCCAUCAAUACGUCCCAGGAUGAAUACACCGGGAAAGAUAAAUCCUCUACCUCCUAAACUCAGCCCCAAGCCUCCUCCUCCUGUACCAGUUGAAGAGGAGGAGCCCCAGGAGGUUUAUGAGGUACCAGAGAACCCAGCAGCUGAGAACUACUUGUCAUUUGAACCACAAAAUAUCUCACAGCCACCUACAAAUAGUAAUAUACAGCAAGAUAAUGACUCACAGGAAGAGUAUCUGGCUAUGGAAGCUGAUGAAGAUCGUAUUGAGGAAGAAACCUACGAAGAGCCUCAAAAGUUAGACGAAGAGCCCCAAGACCUUUAUGAAGAAGCCGUUCCCUUAUCUAUUGAGCCUCCAACACCAACAGUGAUAUUCCCUUCUGCUCCCACCAGUUCAAAAUCAUUCGAACCAGCCGGGUACAUGGAUCCACAGAAGCUAACUCCAGCUGAUGAGCUCAAUAAGAGAGCUAGCAUCAUACCCGAUGAUAUGGGAGACUGGGAAUUAGCCUAUGAUCAGAGCAAUACUAAGAAGAAAGAGAAGAUAAAGGCAGCUAACUUAAAGAACAUCGUCAUUAAAGGUUGGCUUGAGAAACUGGGAGGAAGAAAUCAAACCUCUUGGCAAAAACGAUACUGCGUCCUCGCCGGAGUCUUUAUGUAUUUCUACGAGAAAGAGACGGGGAAUACUUACAACAACAGGGUCCCAAUGAUGGGAUUCAUGCCUAAUCCAGUACCGAGUCUUACGAGACCUAAAAGGAAGGAAUUUGCUUUCAAACUGAGCUCAGUAAACAAUACCCCAGGAGGUAAAAAGGAUUACUAUUUUCGCGCAAAAUCGGAAGAGGAGUGUACCUCGUGGAUCGAAGAGAUAAGGAAGACUGGAGAUGCUGCUCGAGGAGUCAUGGAAAAGAGGAAAUCUAUGACACUUCCAGCAGCCCGUAGCCAACUCCAACCUCAACCAAUACCAGAGGAAAGGGGAAGAUCUGUGAGCAGCAUCUCCGAAGAGCAAGAAAACUAUGAAGCACUUGAUCCAAUCACAGAACCACAGGAAGACUAUGUUGACGUAACACCAGGUGCUGAAGAGCCUCAGGAGGAUUACGUUGAUUUGACUCCUGUAGUACCUAACAUAUUAGAGGAAGAGCCACAAGAAGAUUACAUUGAAGCAAUUGAUAUCAAACCUCAAUUACCAGGAAAGCCUUCAAUACGGACCACACCACAAAUGCCUCUUCCACCUCCUCCUCAAUCAAACCAACCGACCAAUAGACCAGGUGUCCCUCCUCCGGUAUCCACAGUACAACCGACACACCGUCCUGCUGUCCCUCGUCCCGAUCCAGUGGUAGACACGACUAGAGUGUACGAACAGAAUGGAAACAAUACCGGCAUUGAGUAUAAGAAUGUAUAUGUUAUACUGUGGGAUUUCAUGACACAGGAGAGAGAUGAGGUUAGUUUAAGAAGAGGCGAUCUUGUAUUAGUUCCCGAUGCUACCAGUGGACAGGAGUGGUGGUUUGGGGAGCUACUGGACGAACACGCUUCAAGGAAAGUCGGUCGAUCGGGUCUGUUCCCCGCAAGUUAUUCAUCUAAUGCUUUUGAACUUAUCACAGCAUCUUAAUUGAUGGAAAUUUUGUAUUGUUUCUCUGUCAUUGAAUAUUAUUAUUAUUAAUGUACAAACUUUUCUGAGUGUGUGUGUCUUUUUGAAAAGCAUUACCAUUAUUAUCUUGUUAUUAUUAUUAUUAUUUUGUCUCUUUUUAAUGGUCUUGUAUUAGAUUUUUUAUUUUUCAAAAUAUUUUAAUGAAAGUU